UUGGCAGAAAUUGCUCAAACGCACUAAACGGCGUCGUGGAGCGGGGAUUUAGCAGGUUUUUAAUUUUUAUACCCUCGUUGUUCCAGAAUGAUCGACACAUUUUUCUCCCGAAAACUUGCGCGAGGAAUUCGGAUUAUUCUUUGCUGAAAAAAUCUCUACAAUGGCGACCGAACAACCAAAGCCCGCUACUGAGGAAGUGAAGAUGGAUCUAUUUGAAGACGAUGAUGAGUUCGAGGAGUUUGAGAUUGAUCAAGAGUGGGAUGACAAAGAAGGCAAGGAAAUAACUCAGCAAUGGGAAGAUGACUGGGAUGAUGAUGAUGUGAACGACGAUUUCUCCCUGCAGCUGAGGAGGGAAUUGGAGAGCAACCCUGAGAAGAGUGAGGCUAAAUCUACAUGAUUGAAUUGCUGUGAGCUAUGUUUCCACCUGUGAUACUUUGAUACAAAACUUUAGCUACUAUUAGCACAUCCUUUAUUCUACCGAAUCAAUGUUAUGAUCUAAAGAUUCUAAACAGGGUCUUGUUGUUCCCAAGUUGAUGCAGUUACUAUGUUUCUAAUCUCUGAACUUUUUUACUCCA